AUGAAUGAAUGUUUGCAUUUAGAUUCUGCAGCACCAAAGACAGUUGAUUGUUGUGGUGGCAAUGCUUGCAAUAAAUGUGGCAAAUGCUGUGAUUGGUACUAUGGCAAAAAUGGUUGGACGAGUCUUGUGGAUGCAAAAUGUAAGGGUCAUAAUCCUCGUUUUAAUACUUUUAAUGGUGUUGACUUUGAUAUAAAUCUUUUUGGUAUUCAUGAUUAUUACGUGGGUCGUCAUCAUCUUUUUUUUGGUUGUAAAUGUGAACCUCAUAGAGAUACAAAACGCAAAUAA